AUGACGACUGAAACCUUUGUAAAGGACAUUAAACCCGGCUUGAAAAACCUGAACCUUAUUUUUAUUGUACUGGAAACAGGUCGGGUGACCAAGACAAAGGACGGCCACGAGGUGCGGACGUGCAAAGUAGCCGACAAAACCGGCAGCAUCAACAUCUCGGUGUGGGAUGACGUAGGGAACCUCAUUCAGCCGGGAGACAUCAUCCGAUUGACCAAAGGCUACGCGUCCGUUUUCAAAGGCUGCCUGACUCUCUACACGGGCCGCGGAGGAGACCUGCAGAAAAUCGGAGAGUUCUGCAUGAUUUACUCCGAGGUCCCGAACUUUAGCGAACCCAACCCGGAGUACGUGACCCAGCAGUCCCAGACCAAAGCCGCCCAGAACGACAACGCGACCCCUGCUGCUUCCCAGACCACCCCGGGCCCUGCCGCUUCGUCCCCAGCUGCCGAGAGCCAGAACGGCAACGGGCUGAGUGCCCCAGGCCCUGUCGCCCUCCCCCACCCACCAAACGUCCCGUCCCACCCCACCAGCGGCCGGAUCACCAGGAGUCAGCCGAAUCACCAGGGCGCGGGCUCGGCCGGGUCCAGCUCGUCCUCCAGCCCCAUCAGCAACGGCAAAGAGACCCGGCGAAGCAGCAAGAGAUAA